CAAGUACAAACAGGCAAAUUAUGUGUUUGGCUGAUAACGCAAAACAUGUGAUAAAUGGCAUCUUGGUCAUACUUUGUUGUAUUUGAUUGAAAAACAAAAUAAAAUAGAUUUGAUAAAAAACGUGAAUAAGCUUGCAAAGUAUAUAUAAAUAUAAGAGAAGUAAAUUUAACCGAAGACAAAUACUAUUUGAUGCGAAGUAUAAAUAUUUAAUAAGAGGACAAAGUGAAUAAUCAAUUAUAUAUUACAUGUCGCACAAAAUGACGUCGACCAGUAAAAGUAUGAAGUUAUCUUCAUUCGCGGCUGGUGGAAAAUUUUCGGGUAAAGCAGGUCAAUCGUCCGUCACACCUUUAUCACCGGAAAACGAAAACGCAACCGGAAUAGUAAAUAUUCCUAUCAUACGUACUAAAGAUAUACCUAAGCAAUUGCCACUCUAUGCGGCUGCUUUAUUACGUUCUUCGGAAGAUUAUUUGGCCGCCGAAGAUUUGGAUAAUGUUCAAUUAGAAUUGGAAACUUUAUUAUCCAGUGUUGCCUUGCGUUAUAGAAUUUUAAAAUCGGAGUAUGAUAGCCUAGAAAAAGAUGACAAAAAUAAAGAAAAAAAAUCGAAACAUUCUUUGCUCGUUAGUGGUAAUGUAAUGGAAAAACAACCAGCCUCCCCGGCCACUUCAAUAACAACUUGUGGCAAACGUAAACGAGAUGAAACUGCAACUGUACGCAAACCAAAACAUGGUUCGGUAAAACAAACAAAAAAUCUACAUAAUAAGAAUAGUCCGGUCGCUCCACAUACAGACGAUAGCAUGGAAUAUAUACCAAGUAGUAGUCACGGUUUACAUGGGCCGAAUCGAGAACAUUUACAAAAGGUAGCUUUACCAAAAAAUGAUACUCCGAACAAGUUUUGGCUUUCGGUGGAGCCUUAUUGUAUGCCUUUAACGAACGAAGAUUUACGUUUAUUAGAUGAUCUCUUGGAACAGUAUAAUGGUCCGUUGGUUCCGCCUAUACCUGAACUAGGUCCUCAUUAUUCUACAGUUUGGGCUGCAGAAGAUCUAAAAGAAAUACAACAGGGGUCCAAUCCAAAUACGGGUAGUCGUUUAAAAAGCCAUAAUAACGGUUCUACGGAUAUGUUAAAAAGGGCGGAUAAUCUUGUUGAAGAUUGCAUCACUGGACCGUUAACGCAACGUUUAGUUUCUGCUCUUAUGGAAGAGCAACUAAUGCCGAAUUCAACAGAUAUAGUAGCCGAAAACAGCAAUAGCAGCAGCGAAAAUACCCAUGCUACCGCUCCUAUUAAUUUCAGAUCAUUGACUAUGUUACGCAAUUGUAUUGGCAUCGAGAAACGUUUAAAAAAGGAACUUAUUGAACAAGGCAUUUUAGAUAUAUCCGAUUUUCCCAAUAACGAUGAAGAUGAAAUUUUGUCUGAAAUCAAAAAACUCAUUGCCGAACUUUCUACUAUAGCUGAGUAUAACGGUAACGCGUUAAGGCGUUUACAUGAUGCGGCCUCAGAAGAAAUUAAACGCUUAGAAAUCAAACGUAAAUUAGAUUUAGUUGAUCAGGAAAUCUUAGAAACUUACAAGCGCACAAUUCAAAAUAAAGCUAAACGUAAACCGUUAACAAGCGAAGAGCAACAAGAAAUUUUUCGUUUAACACAAGAGCAAAAAACUCUAUCCGACCAACUCAACAUUCAAAACCACCAAUAAACAAUUUCUUUUGAUUUGCCGUUAACUUCAUAUUUAAAAGCUAUGGAGUUAUCCUUGUAUAUUUGAUGAUCAUCUUCAGAUUAGCUAAUGAAAAUAAAAAAUUAUAAUAAAUAAACAAGUUACAACGUAAGGAAUUACGUAUU